AUGAGCCACUCUUCCUCUAUCGACUCGAAAACCACCCACCUCGAGGAACAAGACCCACAGAAAUGGAUCACAUACUGUGACGUACACCGCCUUCCGUUGCUAGCCGGUGAAACAAGGCCAAUCUCUAUCGGAGAGAACGUUCUAUCCCAGGCCUCGGGCAGGUUUCUAUGGGCAGACUUGAUGUUCGAGAUCGUCAAACGGCAACUCAAUACAUCUAAUGUCACUGCUUGCCUGAAGACUGCGCCAAGAGAUGCUAUGGAACUGGUCACAUUGUUGUUGCAGGUCUACAGCAAUGUACUCACACAAAAAGAGUUUGGAGAGCUGGUUUGUAUCGUAACAUUCGUAGCACACGCUGGUCGGUCCUUGACCCUAGCAAAACUCGAUCGCGUCUUAGGCAGGUUCUCGCUGACUCGCAGCACGGGCACCUCGCUGGGUGAAAGGAUACGCGAUAACUUCACUCCCCUGUUUGAUCUCGUCCAAGACGACGGAAUCUCCCUCAGUGAUCUCAAGGUCCACGACCCUGCACGCGCAUUAGAGCUUACGUGUAUACCCUCCACGACAACUGUCUCUUUCGCGUACCCAUCACUCAAGGAAUACUUUCUCAAUGAUGGCGGCGAGCCUCUAAACGAAAAGGGCAAAGAUGGCCGUGGCCUCAACCUUGCUGAGCUUCAUUUCCGCCUACUGAAGCAAUGCUUUCCUAGUUUUGCUGAACCCGGAAGCGAAGCUUUGACCCCAGCUGCCAAAGCUUUCCAAGAGUACGCCGCUACGCACUAG